AUGGAGCCAUUCUUGGUCUGCCAGAAAAAAUUUUGACAAAAAGAUCCUAAUCUGCCAUUACCACUGAGUUUUGGUGUUUCCAAAUUUUUUGGGCAAGCCAAAUGCAAUAAAAAAAAUUGUUCUUUUGCGAUGAUGCAUUUGGCUUGUCAAAAAAAAAAUUUAGAAACACCAAAACUCAGUGGUAAUGGCAGAUUAGGAUCUUUUCUGCCAUUACCACUGAGUUUUGAUGUUGCCAAAUUUUUUUGACAACCCAAAUGCAUCAUUGCAAAAGAACAAUUUUUUUUAUUGCAUUUGGCUUGCCCAAAAAAUUUGGAAACACCAAAACUCAGUGGUAAUGGCAGAUUAGGAUCUUUUGUCAAAAUUUUUUCUGGCAGACCAAGAAUGGCUCCUUAG